CCCAAGACUGACAUUGUUUUCCUGAAGGUCCACAAGAGCGCCAGCAGCACCGUUAUGAACGUCCUCUUCCGCUUUGGCGAGAAGCACAACCUCACCUUUGCUUUCCCCAGCGGAGGGGGUAACCAGCUCUCCUACCCACGCCACUUCUUGGCCAGCUUCGUGCAGGGCUUCUCCCCGUGGAGCCCUCAGCAAUUCAACAUCCUCUGCCACCACAUGCGGUUCCUGCUGCCAGAGGUGCAGAAAGUGGUGUCCAGCUCUGCUGUCUAUUUCUCCAUCCUGAGGAACCCUGUGCAGCUCAUGGAGUCCUCCUUUGUGUACUACAAGGGCACGUCAGCUUUCUCCCGUGCCCACAGCCUGGAGGAGUUCCUCAGCCAGCCUUACCAUUACUACAACCCUGCAAACAGUGACAGCCACUACGCCAAGAACCUCAUGACAUUUGACUUUGGCUUCAACCCUGAUGGAGAGGUCUCUGCUCAGCGGGUGCAACUCAUGCUGAAGGUCAUUGAGGCAUCCUUUGACUUGCUCCUCAUCUCAGAGUACUUUGAUGAGUCCAUGGUGCUGCUGAAGGAGACGUUGUGCUGGGACCUGGACAGUGUUGUCUCCUUCCCACUCAAUAUCAGGGACAGCAGCACCAAGUCGCCCUUGCCAGACAGCAUCGUGGAGAAGAUAAAGGACUGGAAUAGGCUGGACUGGGAAAUCUACAUCUACUUCAACAGGACCUUCUGGGAAAGGAUUGACAGGGACAUUGGCAGGGAACGCAUGCAGCAGGAAGUAAAGGCACUUCGGGACAGGCAGGCAGAGCUGGCAAGGACCUGCCUGCAAGGGACAGGCAGCGUGGCCCCAAAGGACAUCAAAGACUCUUCCCUGCGCCCACUGCAGCAUGGCAAUGCAAAGAUCUUGGGCUAUAACCUCAAGCAGGGCUUGCAUAAGGAGAUGGAGCACACGUGCCGGCGGCUGGUGACCCCGGAGCUGCAGUACAGCAGCAUCCUCUACAAGAAGCAGUUUGCCCAAAAGCAGCCCCUGAGCCACCAGCCCAGCCCCUCCCAGCAGGACAAUGCCCUGAAGAACAAGCUGAAGGGCACCCAAAACUGA